GCGCUUCAAUUUCUUCAAUGCCAUUAUACAUAAACAUUGCGCGUCAGACUCACGCUUGGAAAUCGAAUGGACUGUGCACAAUAGCAUCGGCACAGUUUUGCUAUUUAAAUUCGGUAAUAGCGGCAAAAAGCAGCUGAAAGUCAAGCCCUAUCAAUUAUGGUUUAAUUAUCACGGCGCGGUGGCACAAUCCUAUAUGAUUCGCGUGAAUGUGGACGAGCACCAAGGCGGCACAGUGGUACACAAGAAAGUUAGGUGUUACAUCUUCGUUAUGUCGAAGCCAGUUUCGGCACUAAUUUUAGGUGGAAGCACACGUGAAGUUGGCGUUCGUCAGUCUUUCUUCUUGGAUGGCUCUGAAAGUCGUGAUUUUGCACUGUCACCGUUGGUCGAGCAAACGAUGCAUUUCAAAUGGAGUUGCACUUCAGCUGAUGAUAGUUUUAAUAGCUACUGCCACGAAAAUAUGGGAACAGCCAGCAAAUUAAAUAUUCCAGCUGGAGUGCUACAGCUCGGCAAGUCCUACACAUUUAAAUUCCAAGUAAACUCAUACGUCAGCACAAUGUCGCGCGAUGUUGCAAGGCAAACCAUUCAAAUAACAAAUGAACCCAGGCAUUACGUCUUCAUUGAAUGUGUACGAAAUUGUGCUAUGGCGAAAUAUGCGGCCGGCCGGAAAAUACAUCUGCUCAUGCGCUGCCCCACUUGCGGCGCGCGACCCACCAUCACAUGGACGGUUAGUAGCGGUGGCAGCUUCCCUAGCAAUGCGCGGCGUAUCGGCUUUAUGCCACCUGCCAGUGGCGAUAUUAUAGUUGAAGCGUCCACUGCCAGCGACUCGAUGAGCGGUAAAUGUAAAAUAACGCUAUCCUUGAAUGAGCCACCCAACGGUGGACAGUGCAGCAUAAAACCCAGCAGUGGCGUUGAGUAUGAAACAGAAUUCCAUAUAACGUGUGACGAUUUUGAGGAUCCAAAUACGCCCAUAACUUAUCAAUACAUAGCCGAUACAUUCACUUUUGAUCGCACCAAUGAGCGUUUGAUGAGCACGCGACUACCGCUAACGAACAGCCUUAAAGUUGUGAUAUGCGAUUUCCUAUACGCCUGCACCGAGACGCAGUUGUCAGUCAGCGUAUCCCCCAUGCAAGUACCGCAAGAUGAGACUGCUUUGAGACUGUUGCUAUCACAAUCGGAUAGUAAUAUAGCUAAACUUUUGGAAGAUGGAGAUGUCGAACGCGCUAUGGUGUUGGUAGAUGUACUCACGCGCAGCACGCUGACAUUGGCAAUGGGCGAGAUAAUAUUUUACCAGCUACGUUGGCUCGAAUUGGAAACACUCUUGCAAGUUGAGCAAAUGACCAAAGUAACAAGAAAUCUGCUCGCGCCUUUACAACCGCUCGACAAUAAGCGAGUGAGCCUUUUCACCAAAUUCUUUCGCAUGAUUUCGGUUGGCUUUCACUAUGUCAUCGCUGAUAGGGAGUAUCAAGAGUUGCUGCAUGCGCCUUACGAAGUACUCAAUAAUGAAGUAGUCGAUUUGAUUGCAGAAUUCUCGGCGAAAUUGGAAGAUAUGCCACCUGUGGUGCGCAUACAACCGGCUAGCAGCGGCUCAGGCAAUCGGUUGAGCGAAAGAUAUGCACCACUACCCGACUUCGAUGAGACUGUGCUUGCGCGUAUCGAGAAUUGGUUGGAUGUUAUUUUCGAAUCAUUUCGGUGUCUACAUUAUGUGGGCAUUUCGGGCACCAUUAUGCAUGAGCCCACUGAUGAUCAUUAUAUACUAAAUAAACCCGGCGUCAAGGUGGACGUAUUCAGUAUAGAGGGCACGAAUAUGCUAAAAUUGGAAACGGCUAAUAGAAAGAUUGAGAUAAUAGUGCCAUCUGGUAUGCUGGCUGAACUUGAACGCAUACUGAAAAGCGCACAGCUGCUCUUUCAGGUGGUUUCCUUCGAGAGANGAAAACCCCAUAGAGUUUCCCUUGUUGAAGGCUAUGUCAAGGAUUCACUUGAUAUGCCUAUUUACCGCAUCGAAAUGCCAGAGAAUACCGCCGCGAUUGUAAAAUUUUCUGACCCCACCACUCGGCUGCGUGUCAAGCUUGAUUUGUGCACCAAGCCGCGCAGCUAUCAAAUGCGUGACUCUGGCGAUAUUGUGCCGGAGAAGCACACCUUUCGCGUAGUCAACGACAAGGGCGGAAGCGUGUGGGCCUACCUUGCCGUAAUGGCAGCAGAUAAAAUUUCCACGCUGAAAACAUUCAAAUUUGAGAUUACGAUGCUGAAAUGUCUCGUUUGGGACUUUAAGUUACGCGAUCCUGAAUGGUCAACGACUGGUUGCGUACCCAAGCUAAACUUAAGCGAUGCAGAAAACUUGAGUUGCAGUUGUUAUCAUCUGUCCACGUUCGCGGGCAAGAAGCAUCCCACUGCCGCCAUGGAAACUAGUACACCGCGUCAUGUGCUCACUCGCCUACCUACGAAUGGCUAUAUGGUCGUAGUUUUCUUUUUUCUGCUCCUACUAUUUUCGUUACUCUUCUAUUGCGCCUGUCGUUCUUUGCGCAAUCACAAAGGUGAACUGAUUACAUUACUCGAUCAGGAAGACUACAACAAAGAGUUCGGCGUCAAUGUUCACAUAAGCACCGGCGGACAUUGGCAUGCGGCUACGUCUGCAAAUGUUAUUAUAAUGUUUGCUGUACCGCAAGGCACGCGCAAAUUUAUAAUUUAUCAAAAUCCCGAGAAUGCGCACUUGGUGCGCAACUCCACUUGCACACUACGCUUACCACUGACAGGCGAUGAUCUUGCUCAGCCACUGCUGCUCAGCAUACGUCGUGACAAUUCCGGCCGCUAUCCCAGUUGGUAUUGUCGCCGUAUUGUCAUUGAGGAUUACGCCAACGAAAUCAUCUGUUCGUUCGAGGUUGAAGCGUGGAUAACGACGAAACCGUUAGUUUUGGAUGCAGCAAAUUUCCGCGAAGGUUCACAAUCUUUUAAACGCACCUUCCGUGAUACGCUGGAGAGUCUCUGCAUACAGUGGUUCCUAUUUCAGGCUCUGGUAGGACCGUGGAAAUAUGGCGAUUCAGCUUUGAAUCGCUUCGAGCGUACUUGCAUCUGGACGGUGAAGUUGGCUGUAACAAUUUGCAUUGUUGCCUGCUAUAUGGGUCCGACGACAUUGAAGACUUAUGAGGAGGAGCGUGAUAAAUACAAUAAUAUUGCUUACGAUUGGGUGGAAAUAUUUUUCCUAUGCAUUUUCUCGUAUAUUAUUUGUUUCUUUGUGGAGAUCGGCCUUAAGGCAUUCAUUUACCACGAUGAGUUGGAACGAGAAAAUGCUGAUGAAGAAUAUAUCAAAGAAGAUUGAUUUAGCAAGUAAAGUUUUUUAUCUCUAGCGGUAUAACUUAGUUAUUUAUAA